CUGCUCUGCAUUUUCUCUUCUGUUUCAAGCAUUCUUCUCUCGUGUUGAAUCGAAUCAAUGUCCGUCCUUCUUCGCCCCCUUAUUCUCCGGCGGCAAGAAGAGGAACGGAGGCGUCGGCGAAGCCCUUCCGCACGGAUCAUCGUCGUCUUCUUAUUCCUUAUCUUCGUCGGAGGACCGUCGGCCGUGGCCGGGGAGGAGGCGCACGACAGCAAUGGUGCCGACGGCGGCGGGGAAACGCUGUCCUACUCGAAGCUAUCUGGGAUCAUCAUCCCAGGGUUCGCUUCUGCGCAGCUUCGGGCGUGGUCGGUGCUUGAUUGCCCCUACUCUCCUCUCGACUUCAAUCCCCUCGACCUCGUCUGGCUCGACUCUACUAAACUUCUCUCUGCCGUAAAUUGUUGGCUCAAGUGUAUGUUGCUGGAUCCAUACAACCAAACUGAUCACCGGGAGUGCAAAUCUAGGCCGGAUAGUGGCUUGUCUGCAAUCACAGAACUGUGUCCUGGUUAUAUCACUGGUCCUCUUUCUUCAGUAUGGAAAGAAUGGCUGACAUGGUGCAUUGAGUUUGGCAUUGAAGCUAAUGCAAUAAUUGCUGUUCCUUAUGAUUGGAGGCUAUCAGCUUCAAUGCUUGAGGAGCGUGAUCUUUACUUUCACAAAUUAAAGUUAACGUUUGAAACCACACUCAAACUUCGUGGAGGCCCAUCAAUAGUAUUUGCUCAUUCUAUGGGAAACAAUGUUUUUAGGUACUUCUUAGAGUGGUUAAAGUUUGAAAUAGCUCCAAGACAAUAUAUCCAGUGGCUAGAUGAACAUGUGCAUGCUUACUUUGCUGUUGGUGCUCCUCAUCUUGGCUCAACAGAAGCACUAAAAGCGUCUCUAAUUGGAGUAACAUUUGGGCUUCCAAUUGCUGAGGGAACUGCAAGGUUGAUGCAAAAUUCAUUUGGUUCUUCGUUAUGGUUGAUUCCAUUCUCAAAGUACUGCAAGGCAGAUAACAUAUAUUGGAAACAUUUUUAUGAGGGAAAGAAAGGUCACUAUCACACCCACCAUUGUGAUGAAGUGGAAUUUAAGACGAUGUACUCUGGAUGGCCUACUGAUAUUGUUAACAUUGAACUUCCUUCUGCUCCUGAAUUUGAAGCAUAUCCAUCAAUUUCAAAGGUUGCUCAAGAGACUAGCAUGGAAUGUGGAAGGCCUGAUCAGUUGUCUUUUAAUGCAAGAGAGGUUUCAGAUGGUACCUUAUUUAAAGCAAUAGAAGACUAUGACCCUGAUAGCAAAAGACUGUUAUAUCAGCUCCAUAAUUUCUACCAGGGUGAUCCAGUGUUGAAUCCUCUUACACCUUGGGAAAGGCCGCCAUUAAAGAACAUAUUCUGUAUAUAUGGUAUUGAUUCGAAGACUGAGGUUGGAUACUAUUUUGCCCCAAGUGGCAAGCCAUAUCCUGAUAACUGGAUCAUGACUGAUGUGGUCUAUGAAUAUGAAGGAACCCUGCUUUCAAGAUCUGGCAAUUCAGUUAGUGGGAAUCCUGGUCCUGUAAGUGGCGAUGGAACGGUUUCCUACAAUUCUCUUGCAUGGUGCAAGACAUGGCUUGGAUCCAAAGUAAACAUAACCAGGGCUCCACAAUCUGAACAUGAUGGAUCUGAUGUACAAGUAGAAUUAAAUGUAGAUCACCAUCAAGGAAAUGAUUUAAUUCCAAACAUGACUAGAGCUCCCCGUUCCAAAUAUGUAACUUACUAUGAAGAUUCUGAAAGUAUACCAGGAAGAAGGAUGGCAGUUUGGGAGCUGGAUAAAGCAAAUCACAGGAACAUCGUUAGGUCUCCUGUUUUAAUGCGUGAGCUUUGGCUUCAAAUGUGGCAUGAUAUACAUCCUGAUGCUAAGUCAAAGUUUGUGACAAAAGCUAAGCGCGGUCCCCUUAGGGAUGUUGAUUGCUAUUGGGAUUAUGCUAAAGCUCGAUGUGCUUGGUCAGAAUAUUGUGAAUAUAGGUAUGUGUUUGGUGAUGUUCAUCUUGGACAAAGCUGCAGGUUGAAAAGUUCCUCGGAAGAUCUCCUUGCACUCUAUUUGUAGGGGGGUGUUGUAGAUAAACUCCUAAAACCCUGGGGAGGAAGUCUAGAGUGGAGCAUGUUCAUGGUGUACCAAAGCAAAGAAUGCCAUCGCCUAACCAGAUGUAUAACUAAUUCUAGAUGACAAAAUGGGGUGAAAUUGGUCACCACUGCAGGGUUCAUACCAAGCACGUUGUCGUGCCAUUGCCAUAGUUUUCUCAUUGUACAUACUGAGCCAUGAGUCACGGCUGAAAACUUAUUCAAAAUUUUGAUUUUCGUCCUACCAUAUGAUUCAUUUGUAGUCAAUUGCAAAGAAGUGGCUGUAAUUCUCAAAUCCCAUAUUUUUUCUGAAUUUUGUCAACGUCGUCAAAUUGCUGACAA